UCCAAAAGUCAAGUCCGGUUGAAAAUUUUGCAUCGAACUAUCAUGCAUGAUGCCACUUUGAGGGAGGGAGGGAGAGAGAGAGACUGAGAGAUAAGUGAGUUGGUUGUUCUAUAUAUUCUGGUUCUGAGACUGAUACUGCUUCAUGCAAUAUUAAUUUAUUAAUUAAUUAUUAGCUGGGGGGUUCUUGAUCUCUCAGGGGCCAGGGCGCUAGCUCUACUAUAAAUAGAGUUGUCAUGGUUGUUGCAUGAAGCAAUGCAAACAGGCUUCUCGUGAUCAUUUCCUUUCUUCUCUUUCAUAUAUAGGAGAGAUGGGGAAGUUUCCGAAACAUGUUCCAGUAGUGUUAGUUCUAACUUUGUUGGCGGUGGCUUUGUUGGUUGUGAGAAUAGCAGAAGGAAGAAGGCUUGAGGAAGACACCAAUAUUGAUGGAGGAUUUGGCAAGGGACAUGGCGGCGGCGGAGGCUUUGGUGGUGGAGGUGGCCAUGGUGGCGGUUUUGGUGGAGGGGGCGGUGCUGGAGGAGGGAAAGGCGGUGGGAUAGGUGGCGGCAUUGGUGGAGGGGGAGGCAAAGGAGGGGGUGCAGGUGGAGGUGGUGGCGCCGGAGGUGGAUUUGGCGGUGGUGCUGGUGGAGGCGGAGGCAUCGGUGGCGGAGCUGGAGGUGGAAAAGGCGGUGGGUUUGGAGGUGGUGCUGGUGGAGGCGGAGGCGUCGGUGGCGGUGCUGGGGGUGGAAAAGGCGGUGGGUUUGGCGGUGGUGCCGGAGGUGGAGAAGGCGGUGGGGUUGGAGGUGGUGCUGGUGGAGGCGGAGGCAUAGGUGGGGGGGCUGGAGGUGGAAAAGGCGGUGGGUUUGGCGGUGGUGCUGGAGGUGGAGGUGGAGAAGGCGGUGGGGUUGGAGGUGGUGCUGGUGGAGGCGGAGGCAUAGGUGGGGGGGCUGGAGGUGGAAAAGGCGGUGGGUUUGGCGGUGGUGCUGGAGGUGGAGAAGGCGGUGGGGUUGGAGGUGGUGCUGGUGGAGGCGGGGGCAUCGGUGGCGGUGCUGGAGGUGGAAAGGGUGGUGGGUUUGGCGGUGGUGCCGGAGGAGGAGGAGGAUUUGGUGGGGGUGGUGGAGGAGUAGGAGGGGGUGGCGGCGGAUUUUGAUGCGGAAAGUAGAGGACUGCAUGAUGCAUGCAUCCACUGGAUUGGGCAUGAACUUGCAUUUCUAUUCUAUUCUAUAUAUCUGUAAGAAGUAUUAAUUAAGUAUUUCCCCAUCCCCAUGCCCAUGCCUCGUAACUAACUAGUAAGCUUAAGCUUAAGCUAAGCUAAGCUAAGGCAAUGUAAUAAUAAUAAUGAAAUAAUAAUAAUAAUGCAAUGAGAAUUAUCUUAUCCUA